AUGCCCUCCGAGAGACAGUACGGCGUAACGCCGCCCCUCUCUACGCAGCUUCCUAGCGAAGACCAGAAGCAGGCCGCGGAUGCCCUGUUGCAAGAAUUGCAUAGCCAGGGCACCUUUGAGAGCGCUGCUGAGACGGCGAAGAGAUACGAGGUUCUGGCUUCUAUCCAGGCCAUUGCCGAUGCGUUUGUUAGGCAGGUGGCACAAGAGAAGGAACCUGAUAACCCGACCCUCAUCAAAGAUGCCCGCGCUCGGGUCUUCACCUACGGCAGUUUUCGACUGGGCGUGUACGGACCCGGCUCCGAUAUCGAUACCCUGGUUGUCGCUCCUCGAUACGUUACACGCGUCGAAUACUUCAAGUACUUCCCAGACUUGCUGAGGAAAAUGUCGCCUCCGGGCGCCAUCACUGAGCUCGCCGCCGUUGAAGAUGCAUUCGUACCCAUCAUCAAAUUCGAGUACUCGGGCAUCAGCAUCGACUUGAUCUUUUCGAGGAUAGCCACUUUGAAGCAACUUCCUGGAGAGAAAGACUGGAACUUGAAGGACUCGAAUCUGCUUCGUGGUCUGGAUGAAGCUGAGCUUCGGUCCGUGAACGGCACCCGAGUCACCGACGAGAUUGUCGAUUUGGUCCCAGAGCAGAAAACCUUCAGAGAUGCGCUCCGGGCUGUCAAGCUGUGGGCCCAGCGCAAGGCGAUAUAUGCCAACAUCAUGGGCUUUCCUGGUGGCGUUGCAUGGGCCAUGAUGGUUGCUCGGGUGUGCCAGCUCUAUCCGAAGGCGACGAGUGCUGUGAUAGUUUCCAAGUUCUUCGGCAUCCUUCUCCAGUGGCCGUGGCCGAACCCUGUUCUUCUGAAGAACAUUGAGAGCGGCCCUCUGCAAGCCCGUGUCUGGAACCCCAAGAUCUACAAGGGUGACGGCUUUCAUCUCAUGCCCAUCAUCACUCCCGCUUACCCCUCCAUGUGCGCCACCUUCAACAUCACGAGAUCGUCUAUGACUGUGAUCCAGCGAGAGCUGUCGCUCGCAUCUGAUCUGUGCCAGAAGAUCAUGGCCGGGAUUAGGCCCUGGAGUGCUCUGUUUACCAGACACACCUUCUUCACCCAAGACUACAAGUACUACAUCUCUGUGAUUGCCUCAAGCACAGACAAAGAGGCACACGUAAAGUGGGCCGGCUUUGUCGAGUCCAAGGUUCGGCUUCUAGUGCAGGGACUCGAACGCCACCAGUCUAUUGUACUUGCUCGACCGUUCAACAAGGGCUAUGAGCGGACAAAUAUGUGCGCUAGCCCUGAAGGGGUCGAAGAGGUCAAGAACGGCAGCCUUGCUUACGUCGUCAAGAAAGAGGAAGGAGAGGCGAUCAAGGCCGAGGCUACCAACGGAAACGGCACGCAGGCCAAGACAGAGGUCAAGGCCGACUCGACCUCAGAAGCCAAGACAGAGGUUAAGCCCGAGGUCAAGACGGAAGAUGUGCCCCUGAAUGUGAAGCCUGAAGAUGGUGCUGAUGCCGCAGUCAAGCUUGAGGAUGUUCAACCUCAGGGCACUGAGGUGUAUACUACCACACAUUACAUCGGUAUCGAACUAGUCGAGAGUAAGCUUCCCCUUUAUGAUCUUGCCUUUUCAGAUCCCGGGCUUCUUUGUCCUUGUCCAGGUUGGAUCUCUCAAGACGGGUUUCUUAACAUUUCGCCAUCAACAGAAGCCAAAUCCCUCGAUCUCUCAUAUCAAGUCAACGAGUUUAAGGAUCUCUGCUUUGCCUGGGAGCUCUAUAGGAACGAGCUUCACAAAACAUGCACCGUCAACAUUCAGCACGUUCGCAAUUUCACGCUCCCCGACGACGUUUUCGAGGCAGGAGAAGUCAAGCCAACGAAACCGGUGAAGAAGAGGAACGUGCCGGCCACAGCGCAAGCCGCCAAUGCCGCCAACUCGAAGAAGCGAACGGCCUCAGAAGAACAAAACAACCCCCCCAAGCGUCAGCAGACGACCGUCGCCGCCGGCUGA